UUCCGUCGCCGGCAUCUGGCGCCCAACGUGGGGCUCGACUGAACCGAAAGGGAUCUGGGUUCCAUUGAGAUUGGUGAAGUUGCAGGAUGAGCGACCCAAUCGUGCGCCAGUUUCAGGAACUGUCAAUGCAGAGGACUUUCACCUUUGCGACAAGAGAGGCAGGUCCACUGACAUGGGGACAGUUGAAGAAGCUGACUCAAGAAGCUGAGAAAACAUUGCAGGGAUCAUGACCCUCGUCUAGUUAUAAAUUUCUGAUUGUAACUUGACUCAAUGUAUAAAUCGUUCCUGGUGGGAAAAUGGUAAAAACAAGAUGGUCCAUUCCAGUAAUUGCUCUUCGGUCACUGUGAAAGCACGGGCUGACUCUGGUUGCCUGCGAGUCUCACUCGGCCGUGGUCGGGCUCUUUUGCUGUCGCUCGUCUUGUGAACGCUGUGCACACUCUUCUCCAUCGAUCCCGAAGAAUGCUUGGCACUGUCAUCGCAUCAAUUCUCGCCGUGGCUUCAGUAACAGCAACAGCAACUGUAGCAGGUCUUGCUUUGCAUCAAGGCAUACAGACUGCUGAUUUUGUCAGGGAAUGGCAUAAAGAUGCUCAUUUAUUGUGGCAACAACAGCAUGAUUUGGACGCUCAAUUGGCUACUGAUGUAUUAAAUUUACAACACACAGUUUCCUGGUUAGGAGAUCAAGUGACUGUGUUAGCUACAAAGAGUGUGUUAAAAUGUGAUUGGAACUCAUCUCACCUAUGUGUAACCCCUGUUCCCUUUAAUAUGAGUGAGGAUUGGGAAAAGGUAAAAAGGUCUUUAGUGGGACACCAGAAUUUAACUGCUGAAAUUAUGAAAUUGGAACAAACUAUAUUGUCAACUUUUAGUAAGACGCUGCCUGAUAUUCUUGGUUCUGAUAUACUGAAAAGUCUUCAAGAAGGAUUAGACAACCUUAAUCCUUUAGGGCAUGUAUCUACAUUGUUAACAACAUCCUUUGUGAAUACUUUGUUAAUUGUUGCUUUAUGUUUUAUUGCUUUUAUAGUCUACCGGCGCUGGCAAAAAGGGAAACAAUUGAAAGAAAAAGCUUUGCGUAUUCAAGCGCUUAUUCAGCAUCUACAAGAAAAGAAAGGGGGAGAUGUAGGGAACAAGGUAUAAAGAAGGUUGAGAAGUGCUUGCAAACGAGACUCUCAACCAGGGCUGAACAUUCUUGCAAACGAGAUGUUCUGCCCA